AUGGCUUUUUCGGUCUCAGGAAGAUCUGCCAUUGUCACUGGCGCAGGUUCAGGUAUUAAUCUGUGCUUCGCUAAACUACUUGUGGAGAAUGGGUGCAACGUGCUCAUUGCAGACUUGGGAUUACGCCCCGAAGCUACAGAGUUUGUCGAUAAAUACUCGAAUAGCCCGGUACGAGCUGUCUUUCAGAAGACUGAUGUAACAGACUGGCCGCAGCUGGAUCGAAUGUUUCAAGUUGCCGAGAAAGAAUUUGGAGAAAUAGACAUCGUUUGCCCGGGUGCAGGUGUCUUCGAGCCCGAAUGGAGCAACUUUUGGCGCCCGCCUGGUGAAGCACCAAGCAAGGACGCGCCUGAUGGGGGGCGAUACGCCUUGUUGGACAUCAAUAUCACGCACCCAAUUCGCACGACCCAGUUAGCAAUCGCUCAUUUCUUGAAGUACAAGGGGAGUGGUCGCCUGAAGCACGUCAUUCAUGUAUCCAGCGUUGCUGGGCAGGCAUCUCAUAUUACAGUGCCAUUUUAUUGUGCGACGAAGCAUGCUAUAUCUGGAUUUGUGCGAAGCUUGCUUAAGCUUGACAAACUAGGCAUCCGUGUCACAGCUGUAGCACCAGGUACUGUCAAGACUCCACUCUGGACUGAUCAUCCGGAGAAGCUGAAGAUGGUAGUUGAAGGCGAAGACGACUGGGUGACUCCAGAGGAAGUUGCCGAGGUUAUGUUAGCACUAGUGCAGCAGGACCAGGUAAGCAAGAUCAUUGGAGAUCAUUCAGAUAAGGGUCUACAUUUUCCGGUGACAGGAGGAACUAUUCUUGAGGUAUCAAAGACGGUUCGAUUAGUCAAGGAGUAUAAUGACGAGGGUCCCGGGAAUAAAAGAGGAAUAACAGUGUCAGAUCAUGCCAUCUGUUCUAGACACGUCAGCCGCGGAAAACGAAAUGUAGGCGCCGGAGGAGAAGCCAGUUGGACGAGUAGUGUGAUCAAUUUGGUCAAUACAAUUAUCGGAGCCGGUGUUCUAGCUAUGCCUUUGGCUAUCUCGCAUAUGGGAAUCGUUCUCGGAGUUUUUGUGAUUUUAUGGUCUGGAGUCACAGCAGGAUUCGGUCUAUACCUGCAAUCGCGAUGCGCACAAUAUCUCGAUCGAGGCAAUGCGUCCUUCUUUGCCCUGUCGCAAAUCACAUACCCUAAUGCGGCCGUGGUUUUUGAUGCUGCUAUUGCGAUAAAGUGCUUUGGAGUUGGUGUGAGCUACCUUAUCAUCAUUGGUGAUCUCAUGCCCGGAGUGGUUCAAGGACUCGUGGGUGAACCAGCCUAUGAAUUCCUCGUCGAUCGUCACUUUUGGGUGACUGCGUUCAUGUUGAUCGUGAUACCCCUCUCUUACUUGCGCCGACUCGACUCGUUGAAGUACACCAGUAUUGCGGCCUUGGUGUCUAUGGCGUAUUUAGUUGUGUUGGUCGUUUAUCACUUCGUGAAGGGAGAUACAAUGGCGGAUCGGGGCCCAAUUCGUGUGGGCCACUGGGCAGGCCCAGUUGAAACCUUGAGCAGUCUCCCAGUUAUUGUUUUCGCCUUUACAUGCCAUCAAAACAUGUUCUCUAUCCUCAAUGAGAUUGCCAACAACAGCCACUUUCGCACAACAAGUGUCGUCCUUGCCAGCAUUGGCAGCGCUGCAUCAACUUACAUCCUCGUCGCCAUCACGGGUUAUCUUUCAUUCGGCAACAAUGUCGGUGGUAACAUCGUCGGCAUGUACCCACCAGGUCUGUACGCCACGAUCGGACGCGCAGCGAUUGUUAUGCUGGUCGUCUUUUCCUACCCGUUGCAGUGCCAUCCGUGCAGAGCUUCAGUCGACGCCGUGUUGAAAUGGCGUCCCAGACCUUCACCUGGUGCUGAAAUUACUCCAAGCCGGCACCCACUUCUAGGUCCUCGCGGCAGCCGCAUUGCAGAGCCGAUAAGCGACCUCCGGUUCUCAAUCAUCACUACUACUAUCCUAAUCCUCAGCUAUAUUGUUGCCAUGACGGUCUCGUCGCUCGAGUCAGUACUGGCAUAUGUUGGUAGUACGGGUAGCACGAGCAUCAGCUUCAUCUUGCCAGGCUUGUUCUAUUACAAAAUUUCAUCGCCCGAUUCCCCCUCUCACCGCGGUCUGCUGAAGGGAGACGAUGAGGCUGAUGAUCUAUCUGAUGAAGAUGAUAAUGUCGAUGAUGAGGGUGAGGGGUCCUUGGCUCGCUCCCUAACAGAAAGUGCCCUCCUGCGCACCCGCAGCUGGCGCAAGACUUUGUUACGUCGACUGAGUCUCGCCUUGGCUAUUUAUGGCUUGUUCGUCAUGAUCGUGUGUCUGACUACAAAUAUUUUCUUCAAGUCCUCCCAUUGA